AACAGGUCGAACAGCAGUCGUUGGAUAGUCUUCUAAACUAACAGACACAUACGGUGUGAUUCGUAGUUUAUAGAAUUUAAUUAAACUUUUAUUUUUUUUUUUACUUUUAAUAAAAAUUAACUCUUAAAAAGAAGAUCAAUCAAUUUUUAUUCCAUCGUUUGUUCGUGAUUUUAAAAAAAUGCUUCCAAGGAGACGAGUCGUCGAGUUGCUUCAAGUUAUUUCCUCGCAAUCAUGCAGAUGUCCAGCGCAUGGAAAUCCAGGGGGAAUAGAACAUGGAAAAACUCGUAGCACCACAGCUAAUACGAUUCCAUCGAAGGAAUACGCGUUCGAGAUGGCGUGUUCAACCGUUCGUUAUGGGAUUGGAGUUACGAGAGAAUUGGGUCAAGAUAUUCAAAAUUUAGGUGCUAAGAAAAUAUGUUUAAUGACCGAUUCAAAUUUAGUUAAUCUUCAACCGGUUAAAACUGCGAUCGAUAGUUUAACUAAAUACGGGAUCGAAUUUGAAGUGUACGAUGAGGUUCGAGUUGAGCCUACGGAAGGGAGUCUUCAAAAUUCGAUUGAAUUUUCUAAACGAGGAAAAUUUGACGCUUUCGUUGCGGUUGGAGGUGGAUCGGUAAUGGACACGUGCAAAGCUGCUAAUCUUUAUAGCAGUGAUCCAAAUGCCGAUUUUUUAGAUUACGUUAAUGCGCCAAUAGGAAAAGGAAAACCAAUUUUAGUGAAUUUAAAACCACUCAUUGCAAUACCAACGACAACGGGUACAGGCUCGGAAACAACCGGUGUAUCCAUCUUCGAUUAUCGACCUCUCAAAGCCAAAACUGGAAUUGCAAACAGAGCUCUGAGACCUACCUUGGGUCUUAUCGAUCCAAAACAUACAUUGAGUUUACCGCAAAAAGUUUGCGCUUAUUCCGGCUUCGAUGUACUUUGUCAUGCUUUGGAAUCGUUUACAGCAAUACCAUAUACGGAAAGAACACCUUGUCCACCGAAUCCAAUUCUACGACCAGCAUAUCAAGGUAGCAAUCCUAUUAGCGAUGUAUGGGCCAGAUAUGCACUGCAAGUAAUGCGCAAAUACUUUGAGAGAGCAGUAUACAAAGAAGAUGAUCUCGAAGCUAGAAGUAAUAUGCAUUUAGCUAGUACCAUGGCUGGUGUUGGUUUUGGUAACGCUGGCGUUCACCUUUGUCAUGGUCUUUCUUAUUCCAUAAGCGGUAACGUUCGUAAUUUUCAACCCGAAGGAUAUAGCAAAGAUCAUCCUAUAAUACCUCAUGGUCUAUCCGUUGUUAUCUCAGCACCAGCCGUUUUCUCUUUCACUGGAAUUGCCUGUCCAGAAAGACAUUUAGAAGCUGCUGAAUUGUUGGGUACUGACGUUAAAGGUGCAAAACGAGCUGACGCUGGAAAAAUUCUCGCAGACACCGUUAGAAAAUAUAUGCGAAUAAUGAAAGUGGAAAAUGGUUUGACGGAACUUGGUUUUAAAAAAGAUGAUAUUAAUACUUUGGUUAAAGGAACUUUACCACAGCAUCGAAUAACAAAGUUAGCGCCACGUGAACAAUCGGAAGAGGAUCUAGCGAAAUUGUUCGAAAAUUCAUUUACAAUUUAUUAAACCAAGAUGCUUUAUGAAUAUAAAUUAUAUAUGCAUCAGACUUUUGUAAUUUGUAUACACGUUUAUAAAUUGUCACGAAUAAAAAAGAAACUACUAUCUUUGCAGACGAAUGGCACAAUAGCUGUUUCUUUAUAUGCGAUGUAUAUAUAUAUAUAUAAAUAUAUAUGCUUGUUGUACGCUUAAAUAGGA